GUUGUGAUCCCUUUCUCCGCAAACAUUUCGUCUUGUCAGUAUUCUGUCCUCCUAGUCCUCUCGCAUGGCCAUCUCGCCCGCCCCCAACAACACACUCCAAGCGAGCCCUCCUCCCGGGAAUGAGGUCCAACAGCCGCCUCUCCCAUCUUUACAGGCGUGCUAUCUUGGUUCUGUUGACAGCUAUCGCCCCAGUUUGCCUGUGCCCGAUUUGAUAGAUAUGGAUACCCGUCUGGAAGCCUCCCCUUCUAUCACCACUGGCCACACCACCACCAUCACACCCAUCAGCGCCAUUCCAACAUCUGUCACCCGCUCUCCGAACCAAGCUUCUCCCAUGCUCUACACUCCAGAUAGACUCUUCACGCCCUCUACGCCUGCCAAACAACCUUCGACACACCGCCUUGGAACUGCAAAACAGCCAGGCCACAGGUCAAUUCCCUACAACGUCAAUGAGAGCCCGAAGAAGAAGAGUGUAGCCCUGCAAAAGUCUACGGUGGCUAUGGAGACUGGUUCCCAGGAGAAUGAUGGGAUGAACGUCGACCCUCCGGGUGCGAGUGAUGGCAUCGGAAUGUCGAACGAGGGCGGAGGAGAAGGUGGAAAAGGCGCCGGCAAGACGCCGUUGAGGCACGCGAAAUCAAUGGUCAAUAUGCCUGUCCACCCUCCUUCUACUCGUAAAUCACCUCCUGCUCCGAAUGGAGAUACUCAACCACCAUCUCCCUUGACCUCCCACCAAUACGCAGUUCAGCGAGUCCCAGGUGACAAUACCUCUUCUGGCGUACUCAACCCGAAUCCCAUCCAUGCCCAGCGCUCGUCUUUAUCCUCUAUACCACCGCCAGCUACACACCUCAACGACAGCUCCUCAUCUCCUCCGGCGGUACUACCUCCUCUCAAAAUCUCGCCCUUCAUCGAAAAUGUGUUCCAUCACUUAUGCGGACUGCACUACAACGCCAUGAUGGCGGAAGGCCUCUCGAUCCUUCACCAUCACGUGGCUCAUGCUCGCUAUGAUGACGUAAAGUUUGCCGGCAAAGAGACCCAAAUAAUUGAGAAACACAUCGACCAACGAUACCGCGAGGUCAGCGCGCAAGCUCUUUUCAGAGGGUGGUCGCUCAAGGCAGCGCAAAGCAUUGGUCAGAUGGAAGCUGAGAGAAUGGCAAAGUCUAUCGAUUGGGACGAGGAGCGGAAACAGAUGAAGACAAAGUGGGAAAAGCUUCGAAAUGGGAUUCUUACCGACACCAGCAACGCCCGAAUCCACCCUCGAAGUCUGCAUAAUCAGCUGCUAGGCUUCACCCUCACCACCCUCCUUGUCCCCCAAACCACUAUCGAUGUCAACGCUGGACGUUAUGCGCAUCGAGGCCUUAUUCGCUUCGUGGGUAACAGUUCCGGUCCUAUCAUCACCAACAUCCAACAAAUGCUCGAGAUCCAGACGCUUCAGGAUAUGUCGGCUUUGAGGCUGCUCGCCUAUCACGUGGCGUGGCGUGUCCACCGUCACGGGUGGCUGACUAGUUUCAGUACAGCGGCGGAAGGGAAGCAGGUGAAGCGCCUCGAAACCCUAUUUGAGGAGGUUGGCAAGGGAUUGAUGUGCAAGAUCAUGGAGGCGUUCAAUGAUGGAGGAGACGGAGUGUACCAAGAUACCGAUGGGACAGGGCAAGCCAAUGGAAACAAGCGGGAGCUUGAGGAGUGGGUGUUGAAGGCUGUGAAAGUUUGGAAAACGACGGGAGAGGCGAUGCUUGGCAAAGAUACUGCUGGCCCAGUUUGACGAAACAAUUUUCCCGUACGAUCGCGAGACAAGGACACUAAAGUAAUAUGUUUGUUGUGAUACAUGAAGCACAG